AUGGCGAGUCGAGGAUAUUUGGACUCGUCGCGAUAUUUGUGAGUUUUUGAGCCCAAAUUUGGGAUUUUUGGCUCAUUUUGAGCUGAAAUUGGGUCCUGGAGCGAAAAUCUGAGCCCGGAAUGCGUUUUGGCGCGAAAAUUUGAGCCCGGAAUGCGAUUUUUGGCGCCAAAAAUACUACAGUACUCUUCGAGCUACAGUAAUCAUUCAGAAUUUGCAGAAAACUAGCUACAGUACCUUUCAGAAUUCGAAAAUUUUCAAAUUAAAAGUUUUCGCGCCAAAAACUACAGUAAUCCACCUACAGAGCAGAUUUUCACCGGAUUUUACUCCUACAGUAACCCUAAAGCUACAGUACCCCUUCAAAAAUUACCUUAAAAGCUUCUAGAGCUACAGUAAUCUAGGUGGCACCCUAAAAAUCAAAAAUACUACAGUAACCUGGCUACAGUACUCUUCUAGUUACAGUAACCCUCAAACUACAGUAAUCCAAUUUUUUGUCGAAAUUAACUUGAAAAUGCUCAAAAAUGAGCUAGAAAACUCGGAUUUUUUCCCUACAGUACCCAUAAAGCUACAGUAACCCAGCUACAGUACUAUUUUUCAAACUUUAAUUUUAGGAUGCCAGCCCAAAGCUACAGUAAUCUAGCUAGAAUCUCUAAAAAGCAAAUUUACAGUACCCCAUUUGAAACUACAGUAAUCCAAUUCAAAAUGAGCUAGAAAAUUCGGAUUUUUCCCCUACAGUACCCCUAAAGCUACAGUAACCCCCACGAUCUAGAAAUUUUUCAAAAUUUAAUUUUAGGAUUACAGUAACCAUCAAAAAGUGCUCAAAAAGCUAGAAAUGUUCAAAAUUGUCCAAAAAUGCUCAAAAAUGAGCUAGAAAACUCGGAUUUUUUCCCUACAGUACCCCUAAAGCUACAGUACCCCCCGCGAGCUCAAAAAUUUUCAAAAUUUAAUUUCAGGAUUACUGUAACCAUCAAAAAGCUAGAAAUGUUCAAAAUUGUCCAAAAAAUGUCCAAAAAACGCUAGAAACCUCAGAUUUUCACCGGGAAAAAUCGGGCUACAGUAUCCCUAAAGCUACAGUACCCCCGCGAGCUCAAAAAUUUUCACAAUUUAAUUUUAGGAUUACAGUAACCAUCAAAAAGCUAGAGAUAUCCAAAAAAUGUCCAGAAAACGCUAGAAAACUCGGAUUUUCACCGGGAAAAAGGCUACAGUAACCCUGGAGCUACAGUACCCCCCGCGGUCUCAAAAAUUUUUUAAAAUUUCAUUACAGGAUGCCGGCCCGGCCCCUUCUAUUACCCUUCGAAUUCAACGAAGAAGAAGAACGUGAAAUAAGUGAGGCAAUAGCUCGUGAAGAAGAAUUGAUGCGAUUAGAAGAAGAAAAUAAACACUUGGGAAUUAUUGGAAGCGGAAUUGGCGGAGUCUCGUCGGAUCCCAUUAAACAACAUCCAUAUGUGUCGAAUUUGUUGCCGUCGAUUUGUGAUUCGCAAGGUUUGGAGCAUUUUGAGCCAAAAUUUGGGAAUUUUGGUGCAUUUUGAGCCAUUUUCAUGAAAAAUGCUCCAAAAUGAGCCCGGAAACCUCAAAAACCACUAAUUUUGAGCCUAGAUUCAAAUUUCCCGCCAAAAUUAACCCCGGGAACUUGAAAAAUUCGAAUUUUACGUUGAAAAUUGGCAAAUGCGCUCUAUUGAGAAUUUGGAGGAUUUUUGAAAAAUUCAAAUUUUUAUUUUUUUUUUCAAAUUUGAUCUACAGUAAUCCUAGGCUUAUUGUAUAUCAAAAUGCUUCAAAUUUUCAAGCAAAUACGCUCUAUUGAGAAUUUAGGGUUUAACAUGAGCAAUCCCCAUAUUUUUGACCAAUUUUCGAUGAAAAAUCGAUAUUUUUCAAAUUUCCUGCAAAAAUUGACCCCGGGAGCUCUGAAAAUUCAAAUUUUAGCUUGAAAAUGAGCAAAUGCGCUCUAUUGAGAAUUUGGCGGAUUUUUGAAAAAUUCAAAUUUUCAAUUUUUUUUCUAGGCUUAUUGUAUAUAAAAAUGCUUCAAAUUUUUUGAAAUUUUCAAAUUUAGCGCCUAAAAAAAUCCACGUGGCAUAGAAAAAUUCGAAAUUUAAAAAUAAAAUUUUUCAGACGACAAAAUCAUCAAGCAAGUUUUGGACGUGAUGUUCAGUCAAGUUUGCCGCUGGGACAAACAAUAUGGAUGGUCGAAAAUACAUUUGAAAAAAGCCCGCCAAAAAACGGACACCGAGAAGAUACAGUAGGUUUUUUUGGGCGCGAAAUUUGAAAAUUUUGAAAAAUUUGAAGCAUUUUGAUAUAAAAUAUGCUCAGGGUUACUGUAGAUCGAAUUUUGAAUCAAAAUUAUCGAUUUUUUUUUUGAAAAAAUUGGAGCAUUGCUCAUAUUAGCUCAAAAAUAACCAUGUUUGGACUCAAAAUUAUUGAUUUUUUGCAAUUUUCACUGAAAAUUUGAGCAUUCCUCAUAUUAGCCCAAAAAUACUCAAAUUUUAACUCGAAAUUAUCAAAUUUUUGAAUUUUUCAAGAAAAAUCAUAGGAUUGCUCAUAUUAGUCUGAAAAUAAUCAUGUUUUAACUUAAAAUUAUCGAUUUUUUGAAAUUUUCAUCGAAAAUUGGAGCAUUGCUCAUAUUAGCUCAAAAAUACCCAUGUUUGGACUCAGAAUUAUUGAUUUUUUGCAAUUUUUCCAAAAAAAUCACCCAAAAUCCUUCCAGACUUCGAAAAAUUCGAAUGAAUCAACGUGAAAUGAUCCUGGCUGAACACAUUGAAAGAUUAAAAAAGGAAAUCAAUAAAAGACGCACGAAAUUGGAGAACGAAGCGGAACAACAAUGCGGAAUGUUGACGCCGUGGCGGAAAGCGCGCUCCAGACCGUCGAGAGGUGAAUUUGGGGGCCGGGAGGGGAUUGGGGGCCGAAAAUUGGACCGGGAUGAGUUUUGGGGCCGAAAAUGAUCCCGGGAAAAGCUUGAGGGCCCAAAUUGAGCCCAGAAUCGAGUUUGGGGCCAAAAAUGAGCCCGGAAGAGCUUCUCGGGUGAAUUUUGAGCCCAGGAUGAGCUUGAGGGCCUAAAUUGAGCCCAGAAUCGAGUUUGGGGCCAAAAUUUGGUCCCGGAGCGAAAAAUCCUACUGUAGAUCAAAUUUUCCCGCCAAAAAUCAUUGGAUUGCUCAUAUUAUGGCCUCAGCCUUGUUUUUUACAUCAAAAUUCAUAAAAUUGCUCAUAUUAGCCUCAAAAUUACCUCUGAAACUCGUUUAGACGCUAUAAAUCCAGAUUUUCGAGUUUUGGAGCCAAAAAAUGAUCCCGAAGCGAAAAAUCUUACUGUAGAUCGAUUUUUCCCGCCAAAAAUCAUUGGAUUGCUCAUAUUAGAGCAAUUUUUCAAUUUUCGGGUACAAAAUCUGGCCCUGAACCGAAAAAUCCUGCUGUAGAUCAAAUUUUCGCGCUAAAAAUCAAUGAAUUGCUCAUAUUAGAGCAAUUUUCGAAUUUUCGGGUUCAAAAUCUGGUCUUGAGACGAAAAAUCCUACUGUAGAUCAACUUUUCCCGCCAAAAAUCAUUGUAUUGCUCAGAUUAGAGCUCCGGGCUCAUUUUUGACCCCAAAAAUCCAAUUUUUCGAGUUUUGGAGUCAAAAAAUGGUCCCGAAGCGAAAAUUCCUACUGUAGAUCAAAUUUUCGCGCCAAAAAUCACUGUAUUGCUCAGAUCAGCUUUAAAAUGACCCAAACACCGAUUUUGUGCUCGAAAAAGCACAAAAUUGCUCAGAUUAGAGCUCCGAACCAUUUUUUCAUGCCAAAAAUCCGUAUUUUCGCGUUUUAGAGCUAAAAUUCGGUCCUGAAGCGAAAUUCCUACUGUAGAUCAAUUUUACACGCUAAAAACUACCGUAUUGCUCAUAUUAACCCAUUUUCCCAUCGCAUAACGUGCCAAAUUCAAAACAUCGUGAUGACUAAUAAAAAAAAAGUGACCAGCGGUCAACAAAAAGGCGAGAGAGUAUGCAAAUUUGAGAGAGUGCGCAGAGAAAAGUGAUGUCAUUUUUCGGAGAGGCGAGAGAUAGUGAAAGUCUGGAGAGACCCAGAAUAUUCGAGAAAAGGGGCGGAGCUUUGGGGUUUAUAGGCAAAUUUUUGCGGUUUUUCGAGUCUAAACAGUCUGCUGAGCCUAGAAAAGCCUGAAAAGCCUAUAUUUUGAGCCUAAGAAGCCUAUUUUUAAGGCCUAUUUUCAAGCCUAAAAAGGCCUAUUUACUAGCCUAAAAAGCCCGAUUUUCGAGCCUAAACAAGCCCGAAAUGGACGAUUCGGAGCUGUUAUCCGAGCUCGAACUCGAAAUCCUACCACAUUUCCAGUCAGCCGACUACGACUGGAAAUUGUUUGGAUAUUUACUAGAGUCUGGAAAUUCCAGCCAAAAAUCUGAGCACAUUGCUCAGAUUAGAGCUCCCGAAAAAGUGCCGACCAUUGGAAAAGAUGGAAGAAGGAAGCGGAGAGGUUGGUUUGGAUUUUCGCGCCAAAACGUGGCAUUUUUUGGCGCGAAAAUGUGGAUUUUUGAAUUUUUCCGGGGAUUUCGAGCGUUUUCAUACCAAAUUCGGCGUGGAAGAGUUUUGAUGGCCUAGAAAACCAAAACGCAUGUUUUUUGGAUUUAUAGGCCAUAAAAAUUGAUCUACAGUAAGAAUUUCGCUUCAGGACCUUUUUGAAUCUAAAAAUAUGGAAAAUUAGCGCUAAUAUGAGCAAUCUGAUAAUUUUUGGAACUAAAUAUUGAUCUACAGUAGGAUUUUUCGCUCCAGAACCCAAAAAAUCCUGAUUUUUUUCGUUCCAAGACCAAAUUUAAACUCAAAAAUUUGAAAAUUGGCUCUAAUAUGAGCAAUCUGGUCAUUUUUUAUCUAAAAAUCUCAAUUUUUGAGAAAAAAUAUGAUUUUUGGCUCCGAAAAAUGAUCUACAGUAGGAUUUUCGUUCCAGGACCAAAUUUAAACCCGAAAAUUGCAAAAUUGCGCUAAUAUGAGCAAUCUGGUCAUUUUUUAUUUAAAAAAUCUCAAUUUUUGAGAAAAAUGGCGUUUUUGGCGCCAAAAAUUUGAUCUACAGUAGGAUUUUUCGCUUCAGGACCUAUUUGUGGACUCAAAAAUUUGAUCUACAGUAAGAAAUUCCACGUGGGACCCGAAAAGCCUGGUUUUUUAAUGAAAAAUUGGAUUUUUUCGCGCCAAAAUUUGAUCUACAGUAAGAAAAAUCAAUAUUUUGCAGCCACCAAAUCCUCCUCAAAAUCCACUCAAAACCCACACGACUACGGUAUUUUGGCGCGAAAACAGGUGAUAAAUCCGGCGGAUAUUUCAUUGGGCGGCGACACCUUCGACUACAGUAGUAAUCGCGAAAAACGCCGGCGACGGGUUUCGACACGAAGUGCCACGUCGACAAAAGAAGGCGCGAAGAGACGCAGACAGUCAGAGAGUCAAGAGGAGGGUGCGGCAGAGAAACGAGAGACAACAUUGGAAGAGGGAGAGGUGGUUAGAGACGCAGAGGAAGUGGAAGAAGAGGAGCCGAAUAUUGAUCGAGAUGGUCUGCAUUGUGUUUGUCAACAGCCGUAUGAUGAGAAACGGUGGGUCUUGUGGCGAUUUUAAAGGCGCAGGGGUACUGUAGGCGUUUUGGCGCCAAAAAUUGGAUUACUGUACGUUUUGGCGCCAAAAAAAUGCGAUUUUUUGACACCGAAUUCGAUGUGAUCUACAGUAAUCCGAUUUUGAAGGUACUGUAGGUUUUGGCGCGAAAAUUUGCAACAUUUUGAUAUACAAUAAGCCUAUGGGGUACUGUAGAUCGAAUUUUGGCGCGAAAAUUUGAAUUUUUUUGGGUUACUGUAGAUUUCAAAGGAGCAUAGCUCACUGAAUAAUCAAACUACAGUAACCCGAGAAUUUUAAAGGAACAUAGGAUUUUUUUUUUGAAAAUUACAGUAACCCUCAGCAUUUAAAGGAGCAUAGAUCACAAAAAUUGAAAUAUAGUAACAUUUUCUCUGAUUUUAAACGAUCAUGGAGAGUUUCUACAGUAACUCCCGGGUUUUGUGGCGGGAAAUUUUUUUUGAGAAUUUAAAGGACCAUACAGUACUCUCUAACCUUUCAUUAGGCUAAAAAACAUUGCUCAUAUUAGAGCUCCAAUUUAAGCUUAAAUAAGGCAUUGCUCAUGUCAAGCUGAAUUUUAGGGCAUUGCUCAUGUUAAGAGGAGCAUUUUAAGACUGAAAAUGGCAUUGCUCAUAUUAUACUCAAAAAAUCGGCAUUGCUCAUAUUAGAAGCUUAAAUUUGGAUUAAAACGACAUUGCUCACGUUAAGAGCUUUAAUUAAGGUAUUGCUCAUAUUAAGAAGAUCAUUUUGAGACAAAAUAAGGCAUUGCUCAUGUUAAACUCAAAAAAUCGGCAUUGCUCAUGUUAAGAGCUCCAAUUUAAGCUUAAAUAAGGCAUUGCUCAUAUUAAUAAAUUCAAUUUAAGCCUAAAAUUCCGCCAUUGCUCAUGUUAAACUCAAAAAAAAAUGGCAUUGCUCAUAUUAGAAGCUUCAAAUUGGGUUAAUUAAGGCAUUGCUCAUGUUAAGAGGAUCAUUUUAAGCCAAAAAUUCCCCGAUUGCUCAUAUUAAACCCCAUUUUUUCUUCCAGAUUCUAUUUGAUGUGCGAUUCGUGCUCCAAAUGGUUCCACGGCGAUUGUAUGCAAAUCAGUGAGAAACGCGCUCACCGCAUGGAAAGUUGGAACUGCGCGGAAUGCGCGGAAAAAGCCGCCGCGCGGCACUCCGCGGAAGCUGAAGCCACCGGUCCGCAACUCUACUGCGUCUGCCGCAAGCCCUACGACAACACCAAAUUCUACGUGGGCUGCGACGCGUGCCAGGGCUGGUUUCAUCCGGAAUGCGUCAAUAUUACGCAGAGCGCCGCGGAAGCCGCCGCGGAAUACAUUUGUCCGGAAUGCCGCGAGGAACAACUGCAACAACAAUAUGAGAGUGAUGAGAGUGAGACGAGCUCGACGAGCAGCAGUUUGCAAUUGAAGUAAGGGCAUUUUUGAAUUUUGGAGCAUUUUGAGCCCAAAAUUCCGAUUUUUCACAAAAUUUGGUGAAUUUUGACACCAAACAUGACCUAUUUCUGAUAAUUUUUGAAUUUUUCACCAAAGUAGUGAAAAUAUGUCAGGAUUUUCGACAUCCCCAGAGUAGGAGAAGGCUGACAUGAUUUUCAACCUGAAAUUUGAAUUUUUCAUGGAAUUUGACGCUGUUUGACACCAAACAUGACCUAUUUCCGAAAAAUUCAAAAUUUUUCACUAUGUAGUGAAAAUAUGUCAGGAUUUUUGACAACCCUAAAGUAGGAGAAGGUUGACAGGAUUUUUGACAUGAAAUUUGAAUUUUUCACAAAAUUUCCUGUUUUUUGGUACCAAACAUGACCUAUUUCUGAUAAUUUUUGAAUUUCCCCCAAAAGUAGUGAAAAUAUGUCAAGAUUUUUGACAUCCCUACAGUAGGAGAAGGCUGACAGGAUUUUUGACCUGAAAUUUGAAUUUUUCACGAAAUUUCCUGUUUUUUGACACCAAACAUGACCUAUUUCUGAUAAUUUUUGAAUUUUUCACUAUGUAGGAGAAAUAUGCUAGGAUUUCUGACAGCCUCAGAGUAGGAGAAGGCUGACAGGAUUUUCGACCAGAAAUUCGAUUUUUUCAUGAAAUUUGGGGCUGUUUGACACCAAACAUGACCUAUUUUCUUGAAAUUUUGAUUUUUUUCACUAUGUAGGCGAAAUAUGUCAGGAUUUUUGACGCAUUGCUCAUAUUAGCCUAAAUUUUCGCAAUUUUCAGACGCCACGACUACGAAUUCGUCAUGAAAUUGUUGGAAAUUCUGAUGGAGCAUCGAAUGAGCUCACCAUUUCGACAUCCCGUGAAUUUGGACGAAUUUCCCGAUUAUUUGCAAAUUGUUAAGAAACCGAUUGGUGAGUUUUUUGGGUUUUUUGGGCGCCAAAAUUGAAAUUUUUGAAUUUUUCAUGAAAUUUGGGAAAUUUUGACACCAAACAUGACCUAAUUUCGAGAAAUUUUGAAUUUUUCACUACAGUAGGGAAAAUAUGUCAAGAUUUUCGACAACCUUGA